AAAAAAACAAAGAGAAGACCAAGAAAAUGUCUUCUUCACCACCCAGUGCACCCACACCAAAUAAAAACGCAAUCUUUAUCACCUGCCUCAUAAUUCUCUGGUACUCGACCAACAUCGGCGUUCUCCUCCUCAACAAGUUCCUCCUCUCAAACUAUGGCUUCGCCUUCCCAAUCUUCCUCACGAUGUGCCACAUGUCGGCCUGCGCCGCUCUCAGCUACGUCACCGUCGUCUUCCUCAAGGUGACCCCGCUGCAGAGGAUCAAAUCCCGGUCCCAGCUCGCGAGGAUUGCCACGCUCAGCGUCGUCUUCUGCGCCUCCGUCGUCGGCGGCAACAUCUCCCUCCGCUACCUCCCCGUUUCCUUCAACCAGGCGGUGGGCGCAACGACGCCGUUUUUCACGGCGAUGUUCGCGUACCUGAUGACCCGCAAGAGGGAGGCCUGGGCCACGUACACCUGUCUUGUUCCUGUUGUUGCUGGGGUCGUCAUUGCCAGUGGGGGUGAGCCGAGCUUCCAUUUAUACGGAUUUAUCAUGUGUAUAGGUGCAACUGCAGCUCGAGCUUUCAAAUCCGUGCUUCAAGGGGUCCUCCUUUCUAACGAUGGGGAAAAGUUGAACUCGAUGAAUUUGAUGCUUUAUAUGUCCCCGAUUGCUGUUAUAGUUCUGCUACCUGCUGCUCUUAUAAUGGAGCCGAAUGUAUUGGAUUUGGUUGUUUCACUUGGAAAAGAACAUAAAUACAUGUGGAUGCUUCUUUUGAUUAAUUCAACUAUGGCUUACGGAGCAAAUUUGUGCAAUUUCUUGGUGACUAAGCAUACAAGUGCUUUAACACUUCAGGUAUUAGGCAAUGCGAAAGGUGCCGUGGCUGUUGUUAUAUCCAUACUCAUUUUCCAAAAUCCGGUGACAUUUAUUGGGAUUGCCGGUUAUACAAUGACUGUGAUGGGAGUGAUUGCGUAUGGAGAAUCUAAGAGGAGAUACAAAUGAGCUUUCGGGAAGAAAAAGUUCGUUGGGAUCGGUUUUCGAGCGUGCUUUUUACUUCAUUUUUUUUUUCCAUAAAAAAAGAAGAAAAACUAAAGUUCGUAUAGGAUUUUAUGUAACUUUUUAUCAGGGGAGAACUCGGGAUUACAUGUCGAUUAGGAAAGAUAGAAGAAGCUGUUUUGCUUGUUUUUUCACAUGAUCUUUUAUAGUUUGUUGUUUGUUUGCCUGAAUUGCAACUGAUAAGAGAUGAUUGUAGAGACUCUAGUUAGCUGUGCUCUGCACAUUCUUUGUGCAAUAUUUUAACUGAGAUAUAAUAUAUAGUGUUUUCUAUC